UCCAAUUCCACGGACCUGAAAUACCAAGGCAACCAGACCGAGGUCAAUGGGGACUCACAGAAGCAGAAUCAACAGGAAUUUGUUAAGGAAAUGGCGAUUGAUCAAAAUACCUCGGAUGUGAAAACUGAUGUUCCACCAGAUGGCGCUAGCAGUGGUGGCGGUGAUGGUGGUGGUGGUGAUGACGUGGCUGGACCAAAAACUGUUGCCGACAGCAUGCACGGUGUGAUGAUGCAUGGGGAUAAGACACCAGGGAAGGACCACAGCCAUGAACAUAGCGGAUCAGAGAAUGUUGUGGCCACAAACACAAAAGCUGGGCCUCAAGACAUAGAGCAACAAAUGCAUGGAGUUAUGAUGCACGGUGACAGUGCCCCUGGUAAGGAUCACAGCCACGAACGUGGUGACCCACAGAAUGCUGCUCACACAAACACAAAAGCUGGGCCUCAAGACAUAGAACAACAAAUGCAUGGAGUUAUGAUGCACGGUGACAGUGCCCCUGGUAAGGAUCACAGCCAUGAACAUGGUGACCCACAGAAUGUUGCACACACAAAUACAAAAGCUGGGCCUCAAGACAUAGAACAACAAAUGCAUGGAGUUUUGAUGCAUGGUGACAGUGCCCCUGGUAAGGAUCACAGCCAUGAACAUGGUGACCCACAGAAUGUUGCACACACAAAUACAAAAGCUGGGCCUCAAGACAUAGAACAACAAAUGCAUGGAGUUUUGAUGCAUGGUGACAGUGCCCCUGGUAAGGAUCACAGCCAUGAACAUGGUGACCCACAGAAUGUUGCACACACAAAUACAAAAGCUGGGCCUCAAGACAUAGAACAACAAAUGCAUGGAGUUUUGAUGCAUGGUGACAGUGCCCCUGGUAAGGAUCACAGCCAUGAACAUGGUGACCCACAGAAUGUUGUGGCCACAAACACAAAAGCAGGACCUCAAGACAUAGAACAACAAAUGCAUGGAGUUAUGAUGCAUGGGGACAAUGUCCCUGGUAAGGAUCACAGCCAUGAACAUGGUGACCCACAGAAUGUUGUGGCCACAAACACAAAAGCUGGGCCUCAAGACAUAGAGCAACAAAUGCAUGGAGUUUUGAUGCACGGUGACAGUGCCCCUGGUAAGGAUCACAGCCAUGAACAUAGCGGAUCAGAGAAUGUUGUGGCCACAAACACAAAAGCUGGGCCUCAAGAUAUAGCAGAACAAAUGCAUGGAGUUAUGAUGCAUGGUGACUCACAGGCUGGCCUUCUUCAUCACACCAAGGACAAUGCCAAAAAAUCUAUAAACCCUAAAUUUAGGGGUCAAUUUAAUGUUCAGAAUUAUGAAGAGUAUUUACAUGGUGUAAUGAUGCAUGGCGACUCGAAACCUGGAAACGACCACCAUGGCCAUUCAGGAGAAGAGGAAAAUACUGCUGACAAGAAGAAAAAAGAAGGAACGGUAAAUAGUCCAAUGGACUAUGAGGAAUAUCUUCAUGGAGUUCUUAUGCAUAAUGACGCCAAACCAGGAGAAAGUCAUGUCCAUGAAGAUGAGAAAAAGUUCCAGAAAGUUCGUAAAACAGAUAAACCAGCGAGUCCUUCAGAUGCCGAAGAAUUAAUACAUGGUCUUUUAAUGCAUAAUGAUGCGAGAUCUGGUUAUAAACAUCAUGAACAUGAGAAAAAGGAAAAGGCUGACCCUCUUUCACAACCUGGGAGUGUUUUGGCUCCUGAUAUCGAUGCUCUAGAUAAGAGUUUAAGCAACGACAAGGUACCUGAUGGAGCAUCAUUUGCAAAGAGAAAAAUUGUAGUGAAAGGUGGUAAAGACAAAGACCUGGAAGAAAAUGUGAAACCGGUGGAAGAAAGCCGAAUUAGCGGUUAUUUAUAUUCUAUUUACAAAACAAUUCAUGAUAUGAAGGAGAAAUAUUUUAAUCUAGAUAAGAAUAAUAAUAACAAUGAUAGAAAGGAAAGAAGUCAUAAAACGGAAAAAGCUUCUGAAGAAGGGGUGGGUGUAAUUACGGCCGAAGAAGCCCGCAAACAUCUUUCGCCUACCCAUGAACACAAGCCUGGUGACAUGCGCAGUGAUCUCGAUUUAAUUGGAAAUACUGCGCCUCUUCAUAUGAACCAUAGAGCUCAUAGAGAUAAUGGAAAGAAACAUAAACACGAUGAAGGCUAACAAAACACACACAUACACACACACACACACAUACACACACACACAUACACGCGCACACACACACACACACACACACACACACACACACACACACACAUCUCUCCGUUUCUUGUAAAUGCAAAAAAUACUGUUUGGCGUCAUUUAUUUCAAUUACAUUCAUUAAAGAACUGUGAUAGCUUGACAUUUUUAAUCCAAUGAACAAAAUUGUCCCAGUUGGGUUUUUCCUUUCUUUUUUCUUCUCUUUUUUUUUAAAAAAAGAAAUUGUUAUUUUACUAAAGCCGAGUUUCAGUGAAUAAAUACUAGUAUGAAGU